UGCAGCGCUGUGUUUAGUGCGUGCCAAAUAAAAUGAAAAUUAAGCAUAUUCGUCAAUUGUAGAAGAACAUCAAUAAAAAAUUAAAGCAAAAAGCGAAAGUGAAGUAAAUUUUACUUAUCGUACUUAACGUUUGUCAUAAAAAGAAGCCGAGUGUCGUGCUUGUUCGUCGUUUUGUUAAUCGCAUUGCACAUAUACAUAUAUGAGUAUUUGCUUCGAUUCGUUGUUCGCGUUCGUAUUUUGUUGAACAAGAUUUUUCAUGUCUCAAAAUUCUAAACUACAAACGCAUACUUACAUACAUAUACAAAUUAUAAUGAGGAAUGUUCAUUCUCUGUGGAGUGUGGCGGUGCUUUGCGAGCUACGUGGCAAUCUUACAAAACAAAUCAAGAGUCUACGUCGCUUCAUGGGUCCACAGAAUUUCUCAAAAGUUUGGGUCAAACACAACAAGUCAUAUGCAUUUCUCAAAGUGCCGAGAGGAAAAAAUAUCACUUUACGCACUUGGCACAAACAGCUACAAGUCUAUGUCGCCGUCGCUGAUCAACUCUACGAACGCGCCUACAAUUACAAAACUUUACAGCAAAACACAUGGAUUAGCUCACACGAACAAGCCAAUAGGAUAGACGAAGCGCUCAAGCGCCUGCGACAUCUUAUACUCACAACACGCAGCAUUCUAUGCGAUCUCGAGGUGACGGCCAACUUACUGGCGAAGCGUCAUUUACCAAGCAAAGAUUUUACAAUCGAUACCGCAGCAAUGCAAGCAUACAUACGGCUCAGAUCGGAUAAGCGUUCGGCUGGGGAAGGUGUGGAUCCUAUUGAUAUUAAUAUGCUUUAUCAGAGACUCCGGAGAUCCCUAUUGCAUAUGCGACAGACGCUGAAAAGCCGAUGUGGUAAGGGCAGGAAAGGUAUAAAGCGGCGUGGAGAGAAGAAGAAGCAAGGCGAAAAGGCUGUGCAGCAAGGCGGCAGGCAACAGGAACAGGAACAAGAGGUCAUAAGGAAAACGAAGAAGAAAGCAAGAAAACAGCAUGGUGAUAAAAGUGCAUCAAUCAAUCAGCAGCGCAAAACACAUAAACUGCGGCAUCAAGAAAAGCGGACACUAAGCCCGCUAGGGCAGUCAUAAAUUUAUAUUUCGGAAUGCAACUCAGGAAUUAUUGAAUGUUGUUAAAUUUAGGGUCACUUAUCUAGUGCAUGAACAGUUUUUAAUAUGCAUUUUCUUCUUUUUUUUACCACAAAAUUGGCACAAAUUUUUAAAACAAAAAUGGUAAAAUUUUUUAGAGCAAAAAUGCUACAUUCUGACAUACCAAACGACAUAAUUAAAUAGUGCAUAGAUACAUAUCAUUCGUUUGCGGAAAGAACUUCAAAACUCAAGCACACUUUUUUUAGAUAGUUAUGCAGAAAUGUCCACAAUACCUUCUUGUAUGCUGUGUAAAAAAUUCAUGGCGAUAUUUGUUGACAGUAUCCCUAUCCUUACUUUGUCUUACUACUACUACUACAUAGGUACUGUGCGCCUAGUGAAUUGCAAGCUUUCUCACCGUUUUUCUCGAAUUUUUUAUUGUUUGAGUGGAGAAGCUCCUCCCGCAAACGAGCCACAUAUACUAAAGGCAACACUACUUAUACUUUCUAAGUCAUUUCCAUCAAAAAUUUAAUUUGCGAAUAAUUUGGCCUACCCUAAUGUAGUGACAAGCACAUCUGUUUCUCAUCUAAUUUAGUCAUUAAUUGGUUUAGUAGUCACUUACUCGUAAAUCAUUAAUUUGUCGUCAAUUAUAUCCUACCAAGUAUUAUAUUUAUUUAAUCUGUCUCAUUUGU